ACGCCCUAUUAUCUGCUGGGCAUCUGGUACUGGUUCCAGCCGGAGAUGCUGAAGGUCACGCCCGAGUACAUCCAUCACCUGCUCUUCGUGUUCGGGAACCUGAACACCUGCUGCGACCCGGUGAUCUACGGCCUCUACACGCCCUCGUUCCGCGCCGAUCUCGCCCGCUGCUGCCGCUGCCGGACCCCCGCAGACUCGCCGUGCUCUCUGGACCGGCUCUCGGCCCGACACGGAGAACACGAGUCUGACCCGGCCAGCGUGAAGAGCGCAUAAACCACGUCUCAAUCCUCACGACUCCAGUUCA